UAAAUGUUCUCCUCCUCCUCCAUGUCUAUAUUAUGCAACCUCAUUUUCCUCAUUGGUCUCCCUCUCUCCUAUCUCUCUCUCUCUCUCUCUCUCUCCACAUUUACCCUAAAACCCACAAAAGAGGACACUCAUUUCUCCUACAUAAGCCGCUCUCUUGCAAAGAGCAGUCUGAUACAGCGAUAGAGAGAGUACUUCUUCAUCUGUUUUUUUUAUAUUUUUAUAUUUUUGUCUUAUUUCCUUUCGAUUUAAUCGUUCCCAUUUGAUGAAAUGUGUUAUUAAAGCACGUACAGAUAUAGAAGCAUAGGAUUUAUAUAUAUAUAUAUAUAUAGAGAGAGAGAGAGAGAGAGAGAGUGAGUUAUAUAUAUAUAUAGUGUGAGAAAGUUUUAACGGAUUGCAAUGGUACCCAGUUUUGAUUGUGGAGUAUCAAGCCUUCUCUGUGGAGAAGACAACGACAGCAUCUUUUGUGAUGAUGAUGUUGAUUAUGGGGCAGUGGAGGGUUUUGACCCGACUUGUCAUCAUAGAAAUCAUCAAACCAAUAAUCAAAACCAGAGCUUUUUUAGGGAAGAAGAGUCCUUGAUUGGGUUGCCAAUGCAGAGUGAUGAGAGCUUGAGCCUGUUGUUCAAAAGGGAACGUGAACAAUUCCAUGGUAGUGAUUACUUGAACCGGUUGAGGAAUGGGGAAUUGGAUUUGGGGGCCAGAAAUGAGGCUGUGGAUUGGAUUGGAAAGGCUCAUGCCCAUUUCGGUUUCGGACCUCUGUGUGCAUAUUUAUCUACAAACUACUUGGAUAGAUUCCUCUCCACCUAUGAAUUACCUAAGGGCAAAGCUUGGAUGAUGCAGCUGUUGGCUGUGGCAUGUUUAUCUCUUGCAGCCAAAAUGGAGGAGACUGAUGUCCCUUUGUGUCUGGAUUUACAGGUGGGUGAAUCGAAAUUUCUAUUCGAAGCUAGAACCAUUCAGAGAAUGGAGCUUCUGGUGUUGAGCACAUUGAAGUGGAGAAUGCAAGCAGUCACUCCAUUCUCCUUCAUAGACUAUUUCUUUAGAAAGAUGAAUGGUGGUGAUCAAAACCCUCCAAAAUCUUCAAUCCAUAAGUCCAUCCAACUCAUAUUAAGCACAAUAAAAGGGAUUGACUUUUUGGAAUUCAAGCCUUCUGAGAUUGCAGCAGGAGUGGCAAUGUCUGUUGCAGGAGAAAACCAAACAGUGGAAACUGAUAAAGCAAUCUCUGUUCUCAUUCAACAUGUAGAAAAGGAGAGAAUGCUAAAGUGUGUGGAACUGAUCCAUGAGUCAUCAUCAUUGAUAAGUGGGGCUGUUAAGGGUGCAAAUGCAACAUCAGUCCCAUCUGUGCCCCAAAGUCCAAUUGGUGUGCUGGAUGCUGCAUGCUUGAGCUACAAAACUGAUGACACUGCAGUUGGGUCAUGUGCAAAUUCUUCUCAUAAUAGCCCAAAUGCUAAGAGGAGGAAGCCAAACAGACCCUAUGAACUGGAGCUUUAGAGGUGGGAUUUUCACUUCUCACCCAAUUCACAACAUUGAUGAUAUUUGGUAGGAAUGGGAAUUUUGGUGUGGUCAAGAAGGUGCCUCCCAACAAAGGAAUGAUGAAUACAGAGAGACACAGAAAAAAGGAUUUGAGGAAAAAAAAAAAAAAAAUUAUAAUGUUGUUGUAAGAAGAUGUUGAUAAGUGAAUGGGUGGGAGGUUGGAAUCAAGAUGUUUCAUGCUCUUGGAAUGAAGCAAGCAGUCACCAGCUGUUAAAUAUUAGACUUCUUCUUGGUAGCUAUGGACAAGAAAUAGUCAGAAAGGAAAAAGAAAAUAUGUUUUGUUUGGGGAAUACAGUUAUAUUGUAGGGUUGUGAGAAGUUGUUAUACCUUUGUUCAAUUUUAUGUUUUUUAAAAAUUUUUUUAUUUGAAUA